AUCUUUUCAAAUAUAUUUUUAUUUUGAAAACAUUAAAUUAUUUUGAACUAUUUUUUUACUAAAAAUGAAAUACUUAAAAUCUAUAAUUUUUUUUCGACAGAAAUUAAAAAUGUAGAACAUCUGAUUCUUCACCUGCCAAACAUUAAAUUAUCUUGAGAACAGAUGGAAAACUAAGAAAGAUGUCAGAGAAACCACCAAAAAAGAGGGUUAGAAAGUCUGGCCUUGUAUAUCGGACUUAUUUAACCAACAGGGACUCUCUUGAAAAUGCACCAUCUUCUUUUAAAAAAUCUGUUGAUGCAACGAGUCAACCCGAAGAUGUCAACAUAACUGACAGCACAUCCAAAGAAAAUCCAACUGAAGCUGAUAAUGUAUCUGAAUGUGGUAUAGAAGGUGAUGGUUCUCAAGUUGAUAGUUCUGAUGACGAGACCGAGGAUUAUUUACAUGAUUUAUCUUUACAUACUUUCGAUACGGGCAAUAAGGCAACUGAAGAUCGGAAUGCGAAUGAUGAUGUACAUGGUGAAGUCACGGAAAUAAAGGCAUGUAUGGAAGAAUCGAGCCCAGGAUCAUCGGAUGUUGAAAGUGAAUUUUCAUCCGAGGACUACCUAUCAGACAAAACAUAUUCUUCAGUUUCCGAGGAAGAGCAAGAUGAAACUCUCAACAAUGAAGACAAUUUCCCUAAUAUCCCUAUAUACGAAGGGGCUGAUUUGACAACAGGAGCGAGCAUGCUGUUGAUAAUGACAUAUGUUUUAGAACAUAAUCUAAGUGGUGAUGGUUUUGCUGAUCUGUUGGACCUGAUAUCAAUACAUUGUAAACAAAAAAACACAAUUCCAACAUCAGUCCAUUUAUUUAAACAAUGGUUUCAAGAUUUGAAGAUAACACCCAAAAAACAUUCAUACUGCUCUUUUUGUCUUUUGGGUUUUGAUGACAUUACUUCUGACAAAUGUCAAAAUCCGAAGUGCGGGAAAACUUUCAAUAAAAAAAUGGAUAAAGGCUUUUUUGUGGAAGUGCCUUUAGUACAUCAAGUUCAAAAACUUAUGUUUGACGAAAGCUUCAGGAAAUCGUUGACAUUCCGCUUCAAUAGGAAGAAGAAAAUAACAGACAACAUUGAGGAUAUUUACGAUGGGAAACAUUACAUGAAGUUUGAUGACGUUCUAUCAGAUCCUCACAAUAUGUCGUUUUUAUGGAACACAGAUGGUGUACCAUUGUUCAAAAGUUCAAAAACAUCAAUGUGGCCGCUUUAUUUUGUCAUUAAUGAACUUCCAUUUAAAAUGAGACGGGAACCAGAGAAUAUGCUGUUAGCCGGGCUUUGGAUUGGACCAAAAAAACCUGAAAUGAUGACUUUUCUCAAACCUUUUAUUGAAGAUUUAGAAUUACUAGAAAACGGAGUGCUUGUUACGACAGAUAGAAAUGAAAUCAUAACAGUAAAAGGGUUACUACUAGCAGGGACAGCUGAUCUUCCAGCUAAAUGUGCCGUGUGUAACAUGAUGCAGUACAAUGGAAAAUACAGCUGCCCUUGCUGCAUUCAGCCUGGACAAUCUGCAGUUUCAGGUAAAGGUCGAUGCCAAGUCUUUCCGUUUAAGUUUGAAGAUCCGGUUGGUCCUGAAAGAACGCAUGAGGAUUCUUUGAACAUGGCGAAACAAGCAGUGACAUCUGGCAAAGCUGAAUUUGGAAUUAAAGGCCCUUGUUGGUUGACAAGUCUUAGGUCCUAUGACUUUGUUAUUGGAAACUGCAUAGACUAUAUGCAUUGUGUAUUACUUGGCGUUACAAAAUUAUUAAUCUCCCUUUGGUUUUUAAAAUCCUCAAGUGGAAAAGAGUUCAAUGUGUCGGAAAUGUUGCCGGUUGUUGAUGAAAGACUGGAAAAUAUAAAACCGCCAUUAAACAUUAAAAGAAAACCAAGGUCUCUCAAUGAUCUGAAGUACUGGAAAGCAUCGGAGUUGCGGUCCUGGUUGCUUUUUUACGCUCCUGUAAUACUUCUUGGGAUUUUACCAAAGGAACAUUAUGAACACUUUUUAUUGUUCAGUAAUGCAAUAUUCCUGCUACUUAAAGACUCAAUAAGUGACAGCGACAUUACAAGAGCAGAAAACUUCCUGGAACACUUUGUUUCAAGAUUCCCAGACCUCUAUGAAGAUCGCUGUAUGACACUCAAUUUACAUUUAUUGUUACAUCUGCCUAUUAAUGUAAGAAACCUAGGCCCUUUAUGGGCUUAUUCAUGUUUUCCUUUUGAAGAUGCAAAUGGUUAUCUUCUUAAACUAGUGAAAGGAACACAGUCAGUCGAGUCUCAAAUAAUAGAUUCUGUUUCCGUUACCCAUGGUAUGCCUUUUCUUCGGAAAAAUUGCAUCAUUCAAGGUUCAAAAGAAGAGGAACUGUUGAAAAAAAUUCUUAAAAUUUCUGACAAAAAUAUUACAUUAAUACGAGAGAAUAUGUACAUCAUGGGAAAGACGACAGAAAAAAAUCCACACGACUUAUCACAGGACCUCUAUGUUGCGUUGGCAAAUUUUAUGAAUCUGCCACUAGAUGGUCCUGUCAAAAUAUUUAAAAGAUUCAAGAAAGGUAAUAGAAUUUUUCAUUCCCUGGAGUACACACGAGUGCGGGUGAGAAACAGUUUUACAAUUAGAUAUCAACUUGGGCAUGGAAUUGUUAAGUUUGGAAUGGUCAGGUUGUAUGUACUGUACCAUUCUAUGUCCAAACAACGGGAUUAUACGCUUGCAAUCGUAAACCCACUGAAUGUAAACAAUGACGAUGCAUUUUGUUUUCCGCGGGACGAUGUGACAGAUCAGGAAUUAAUGGAACAUGUAUUUGUUUGCAAUACCCCUGAUUACAACACUCAGUCAGUAGCAAUUCCUGUUGAGGACAUUAUUGAUUUAUGUGUCAUGAUACCACUGAAUGGAAAACCAGUAUGUUAUGUUGCUAUGAUCCCAAAUAUGCUGGAAAAAGACUGAAUAUAUAGCUUUGAAUAUAGAUAUAUACUACACAAUGAGUAAAAUAAAUUUCUGUUGGCUCCGUUACGUAUAUAGUUCAGAGAUCAUUUAUUAAAAAUCGAAACAAAGUUUGUUUGUUUGUUUGCUUUUAAAUUGUAUACCGAACGUGCUAGUAAAAAUUGAU